GACCUUGGUCGUUUUUUGUGGUAAUCGUGCCCAAGAAGGUCAGAGGGAUUCGCAUAUGCAUCGAUUAUCGGAAACUAAACAAUAUCAUGAUCAAAGAUGUGUACCCCCUUCCCCAAAUUGAUGAGCUGUUGGAUGCGAUUGAGAGUGAUCGAUUUUUCAGUAAGUUUGAUGUUCGACAUGGGUUUCAUCAUCUUCUUGUUCGAGAGAAGGAUCGUCCGAAAAUGGCGUUUGUGUUGUUCGAAGGUACUUGGCAAUGGGUUCGAUGUCCAAUGGGCAUCUGCAAUACCCCUGCAACCUUUCAGCGAGCCAUGAACAUAGCUUUCCAUAACUUUGUGCGGAAGACACGUCUGGCGCAGAGUAUCAUCAACUAUCGCGUGAUUGUGUACAUGGAUGAUAUUCUGGUGUAUUCGGGUUCCUACGAGGGGCAUGUGCGGCACAUUGAAUGGACGCUGCAUGCACUGAGAGAUGCCGGUUUCAAGGUGGCGCUUGAGAAAUGUCAGUUCUUUCUCACCACCAUCUCCUUCCUGGGACACGUGGUGACCGACCAGGGACUCAGACCGGAACCGCAAAAGGUGGCAGCCGUGAGAGACACGCCUGUGCCCACGACUAUCACGCAAGUUCGCGCCUUUCUGGGCCUGACCUCGUACAGCCGAAGGUUUAUCAAGGGCUUCGCGGCUAUUGCAGUGGAGGUGACGUUGACGAGGACCGACGAGCAUCAGGCGUGUAUUGAGUUCCUUGAACUGCUGAUCAUCCAGGCUUGGAGAACUGACGUGGAGGACGAUCUUCUCUAUUUUCUUUUCGGAUCGGUGCGGCCAGGCCAUGGCCAACUAAUUGUCCAGGAACUCGUCGUCCCGCUCGCGCGACUAGUCGACGACCUCUUUCUCGAUAUUGUUUUGCAAAGUGACGAGAGCCCAACUGCGCACGUACUUACACGGACAUUGGCGCCGUAUCUUCAGUGGACUGCGUACUUGGAGGAACCGAGGAGUGAAAGCGCCCAGCCAUCGCGGCAGGAGUACUUGAAGCCGUCCGGAAUCAUCAAUCUCACCUUCUAUCCCAAGCAAGAUACAUCCGAGGAGGAAGAAAAAGAAAAAGACGAAGAGGAGGAAGCCGGAUCGGAGUGGGAGGCCUUGCCGGAAGAAGCGGCGCACACAGGCACGAAGGCGGAAGAUCCCGAGGCGGCACGUAAGAGGGAAGAGAUUGCCGCCGGGAAAAGUGAGCUGGAGUUCGUCAGCGAGGCGAACCUGCGCAUCAACGACAACCCGACCAGGGAUCCAGAGCCCCCCAAGCCCGAAGAUGGCGACCCAGCAACCGCGGCUCCGAGCGCAUCGCGACGGAGACAGAGCCGAUCCCCCUCCCCCUCUGCCUCAGCCCGUCCCCGAUUUCGUCCAUGUACCGAUGCGGGGGAUCGGCCUUCGUCUGUGGUCAUUAUCCCGCCAACCCCUUGAUUACCUCACCCUCUGUCAGAUCUCUACACCCGUCACCUUCACUCGCAACCCCUUCCCUCCCAAUACCUUCCGUCACUUUUUAUCCACCUG